GCUGGGCUAUAUAGGAUGGAGUCCUGUUCAAACUCAACACCAUCUCAACGUACAAGCCUCAUAGCAGUGGAUCACCACAACGCGGCGCAGCCACAGCAUUUUUGUAACAUCAAGGUACCAGACAAGUUGGUGAUGGGGAGGUUGUGGUUCUUCUUGGUGGUGACGCUGAUGGCAGCUUCCUCGUUUUAUGUUGAAGCACAGCUUACAGAACCCUGUACUACAGAGGACGCCAGCGCUUGCGCAGAUGGCGUAUUAAAUAAUAUCUUUCAAUUGGAGCCCGUCGCCAGUGAUUGCUCUACGUACUGUAAAUGUACCGGCCAAGGCAGGGGCAUUGUGUUGGCAUGUCCUCCACUUUUAUUCUUCGACAAAUCUUUAAGAGUGUGUAGUUUCCAGAGGAAUUGUUGAACAGCACAGCCUACUCCAUGAAGCCAUCAGGAGCCUUUUUUAAGUUUUUGAAGAGUUGACCGAUGUGUUUUUGAGUCUUUAACUGACAUCUGUGAACCAUUAAAAUAAAUUGUGUGAUUCAUUUAUAAUUUUUUGGCAUCAACUUAAGUUUUUGUGAAUCAUUAACUGAUGUGUGUGUGUGUGUGUGUGUGUGUGUAUCUUUAAUUAAAGUGGUUGUUUUUUUGUAAUCAUUAACUUAAGUUUUUCAGCCGCUAACAUUAUUCAACAUAAAAUAUGCUUUACAUGAUUAAUCGCCAAUGACACCAGCCAAAAUUAAUGUGAUCAAUGUUACAUUCUGUAAUCUUGAUAUUUUUUAACACUAAUGUUAUUUAUGUGAUGUAACACAAAUAAGGAAUUCUUUACAAAUA